UUGUUUCCUGUCCAUACGCCAUGCCCUGUAUUCGCCAAAGUCCACCCUCACAAUCCUGUGAGACUUGACCUUGUGCUCGUCCAGCCGAUAGUCACUGUGGAAUCGAUAUCGGACUCUGCCAUAUUCAAUGUCGAUGAUAUCGAGAUCUCCACUGAGAGCCUGCCCAGCGGACCCGGUCAGAUCUUCCGUCAAGGAGAGCGGACUUUCCUGAACCGUAAAUCUGGGAAUGAUCAACUGGUCAAGGCCUUGCUUGUGGAACCGGUGGAUCAAGGGAUCAUCACUUCAAAUACCAAAAUUAUCAUUACGGCUGAGCCACUGGUAGACGCUCUUGGUCUGGAUGUAAACGACAACGUCUCACAGUCUUCUCAUUCCCGUCCGUCCUUGAAUGAUUUUGAUCCCGACGCAUUCCUAUCUUCAUCCUUGGGUCUACAAUUAUCCUCAGCUCUGGAUCAUAACGCAUUGGACAACGAGGAAUUAGCAGGAUCCAUCGACUCUUCUACUUCCGGUACCAUUACCCCUCGACGUGGUUCAUUGCGUCUCCCGAGUCCGCCCGUCGAAUUGGAUGAACUGGAACUUGAUAGAGAGGAUGACCGGUACGCCAGAUUUACAGCUGUCAGGGCUUUGGGCCCGAGCUCGUCGGUUGACGAUUUGGACAAUGUUGAUGUCUGCUGGAUGGGUCUAAGUGGGCUAGGAAGAUCAGGGAUAUUUGAGCAUGACUGGGUCUUAAUUCGUCCUGCAAAUGCUUCGGAUGGGGCACAAGGUCAAGGCAGAUUGGUACGGGCUGUGGCGUGGGAGAUGCUAGAUGAGGAGCAGGAAAACUUACCUUCAAAUCCAGUCCUCCUCCCUCCAGCGAUCUAUCGUGCAUUGUCUCCUCAUCCUGCAGAGUCGAUCCACCUCGAGAUUGUGGUUAUUCCGACACCUUUUGGCGUGAGAAGUCCAACCCUGCCAGUCGCAAAGACCAUCACGAUCGCCCGAAUUGCCACUGCCGAAGGUGUCGAUAAGCGAUAUGAGAGGUCGUGGCUUCGAGGGCUGAAGAAUGCCUUCGAAACCGCUUCACGUUGUAACUCAUGUCGCUCAGAUUGCAAAGGUCGUCUCGUCCGUCGAGGCGAUAUCAUCUCUGUACCUCUUUGGAAGGAUAGGACCCUUGAGUCCGAGGAAUCGCUCUCAAAUGAGGAGCAAGACCUCGACAUGGACGCAUUUGAAACCUUCACAAUUCCGCAACCAUCGGCUGUAGGGCACUUCAUUGUCACCGGUCUAUCGUAUGAGCCAUUAGUCCCACUGGAAGAGGAUUUUGCAGCUUCGACGUCCUCCAUGGCUCGAGCGGGAGAGCUAGGAUGUUGGGUGGACGUCGGGGCGGACGGCUCCACGAGCAUGGUUCUGCAGGGCGUGGAGGAAGCCAGGGUGUGCAAUAGACAGGCCGAUGGAUCGUGGCUAGGGAUAUCAAACACUCCCAAGCCGUUCAAUCCCGAUAUCUCCAGGCGAUUAAGGGACCUGCUGUCUUCCGCCAUCUCCUCCGCCUCCCGUUCAAUUCCUCUGUCUCUCUCUGUUCUCGUAUCGGGUGCCAGAGGUUGCGGUAAGACUAUGCUACUUUCCUCAAUAGCCUCUGCGCUGGGCUAUAACAUCGUCAUGGUAGAUAGCUUUGACUUACAAGGAGAAGCAUCGACUCGACUCGAAGGGACGCUCAUGGCGGCAUUGGAUAAAGCGGGCUCGUGUACUCCAUCCAUCCUGCUUGUUCGGCACGUGGAUGCCUUGGCCAAGAAGACUGAAGCGACUGCGAUGGGUCAUCAACCGCCUGUCGUGCGGAUCCUUCGGGUCAUGAGUGUCAAGAUGCAGUCUUUAGGGAAGGAUACUGGAUAUCCGUGUGUCCUGAUCGCCACAUCGACGGAAGCAGACGAUAUUCCGGGAGACCUCGGCUCCUGCUUCAAACAGAGCUUUGCACUAGAAGCUCCCAACGCCGAGCAGCGAUUCAGGAUCUUUGCCGAACUUCUUCGCGGUCAUCGCGUCGCGGAUGACGUAUCAUUACGGGAUCUUGCGGCGCAAUCUGCAUCCCUACUAGCCGGCGACAUCCACGCCUUGAUCCUGAGAGCGCAAGAUUUGGCCAUACAACGGGCUGAAGACGCUACUCGGCGAACCAAUGCGGAGCUGCAACAAGCGGGAACGUCCAUUCACAGAACAGAUUUCGAUCGUGCUGUCAGCGAGGCCCGAAGCAGCUACUCCGACAGUAUUGGAGCGCCAAAGAUUCCCAACGUCCAAUGGGAGGACGUGGGUGGACUAGCGUCCAUCAAGAAGGAGAUUUUGGAAACUGUUCAACUGCCCCUCGACCAUCCAGAGCUAUUCGCAAAAGGUCUCAAGAAGCGCUCUGGACUGUUACUAUACGGGCCUCCUGGAACUGGAAAGACACUGUUGGCAAAGGCAGUAGCGACAACUUGCAACCUCAAUUUCUUCUCUGUCAAAGGUCCCGAACUAUUGAACAUGUAUAUUGGAGAAUCCGAAGCGAAUGUUCGGCGAAUAUUCCAAAAGGCUCGAGAUGCGAGCCCGUGUAUCAUCUUUAUGGAUGAACUGGAUUCAAUCGCGCCCAAACGAGGGAAUCAAGGUGACUCUGGCGGAGUCAUGGAUCGUAUCGUGUCGCAGUUGCUUGCAGAACUGGACGGGAUGAGCUCUGGUGAAUCUGGUCAAGUAUUCGUCAUGGGUGCGACGAAUCGACCUGAUCUACUGGAUCCUGCCCUCUUACGACCAGGACGCUUCGACCGGAUGCUAUACCUUUCUCUGCCUACGACACAUGCCGCUCAAUCUAGUAUCCUCAAAGCUCUAACUCGAAAGUUCAACUUGGACCCCGAGCUCGACAUGGACCAAGUGGCCGAGAUGUGCAGUUUCAACUACACUGGGGCGGAUUUCUAUGCCCUGUGCUCCGAUGCCAUGCUCCGAGCUAUGACACGAACAGCUGCGAAUGUCGACGAGCGAAUUGCGUCAUUCAAUACGGCUGGGAUUAGCCCACCAAAUAAUGCACCCAGACCCCUGACUGUCCAAUUUUACCUCUCCAAUAUGGCUAGUAAAGCUGAAACGACGGUCGAGGUGACGUUGAACGACUUUAGGGUGGCGAUGGAAAGCUUGGUGCCAAGUGUCAGCGACGCCGAGAUGGAACACUACAACAGGGUUCAAAGGGAGUUCAAGGGGUAUGCGCUGGUGCAGAAUGGGAAUGCAAAAGAUGCUUGA